AUGAACCCGCACAUCUCCGUUCCCCGCCAACAUGCUGGUCCAGCCACGUUUGGCUCUACGCCCCGCCGGGGCUCAAGCGUGCGCAUGCCACGCUUCUUCAAGAGAAACGUGAGUCCUGUCAUCUGUCAUCGCUCAAGCUCCAAAUACAAAAUACACACCUAUAUCACCUCAUCUACUCAAUCCUCACCUUCGGUAUUGAGUACUGACUCUUCAAUAGAAACCAAAAACACCUGGCAUCGACCGGAUCCAUCUUUCACCUACCUCCUCUCCUUCUUCCUCCUUCUCACGGCCUUUGCAUGGGGUCUGGCCUACACCCACUCCUUCGGUGCUAUCGUGAAACUCUCCAUCCUCUUUGUCUUCUUCCACUUCAUCGGAUCAUCUCUCUUGGUCUCGACAAUUGGCUAUUUCGUCAUUGGCCGAUUGUUCGGGCCUAAUGGGGCAGCCGCAUCCCUCGCCGGCCUUCGUGGCUCGCGUAGCCGCCGACGAGGUGCCGCGCAAGGUCUCUUUGUACAGCCCGGGGAGAAGGACCAAUUGGAGUUUGGAUACUGCUUUGAUGUCUCGAAUCGUGCCUUCUUUCCCUUGUACCUCCACCUCUAUGUGGUGCAAUUCCUGCUCCUCCCACUGCUCACUCGCAGCCCGAGCAACUUUCUAGCCACCUUCUUGGGAAACACCCUCUACCUCUCCGCUCUCAUCUACUAUACUUAUAUCACCUUCCUGGGCUACAAUGCUCUACCCUUCUUGCAUAACACAGAGCUCCUUCUCAUUCCCAUCCUGGUCUUCGCUAUCCUAUGGCUGGUAAGUCUGAUUGCUGGUUGGGGCGUUGUUAUGCAAGGCCGCAGUGUUGUGGGGUUAUUCUGGGGUGUGUAA